AUGGGGGUGUCAAAGCAAUGGUUCCUUCCUGCAGUGAGGGGGGACAUCCCAUCCGGAUGCGCCGCCCAUGGAUUUGUCUGCGAAGGCACCCGGAUCCUGGUCUUUGGUGGGAUGGUUGAGUAUGGGAAGUACACAAACAGCCUCUAUGAACUUCAGGCCAGCCGCUGGCUCUGGAAGAAGCUGAAGCCGAGAGCGCCCAGAAACGCCUCCCUUCCGUGCCCUCGGAUCGGACACAGCUUCACGCUGGUGGGGAGCAAGUGUUACCUGUUUGGGGGCUUGGCCAACGACAGCGAGGAUCCUAAUGGCAACAUACCAAGGUACCUGGAUGAUUUCUAUGAGUUGGAGCUCCAGCCACUGACGGGAGCGAAGGGCUGGAACGUUCCUGACACUAAGGGCGGCGGCCCCUCUGCACGAGAGUCACACACUUGUGUUUCCUACGCUGGGGUUGGUUCUCCGAAGCUGUACGUGUUCGGCGGGAUGCAAGGAAGCCGACUGAAUGACCUGUGGCAGCUGGAUCUCACAUCCAUGGUUUGGUCCACGGCUGAAACGAGCGGCUGCACUCCUGUUCCCAGAAGUCUUCACUCCGCUAACGUCAUCGGAAACAAGAUGUAUGUUUUCGGGGGCUGGGUUCCUGUUCCGGAAUCAGACCAACACAUUUCUGCAGGAAAAGAAUGGAUCUGCUCCAAUUCAUUGGACUCUCUUAACUUAGACACGAUGUGCUGGGAGAGCCUCUGCCCGGAGCAGCAGGAUGACAUCGAGUCCCAGCUGCAGAACCAGGGGCCGCAGAUUGACGAUCCCUAUGCCUGUUGGCCCAGAGCCAGAGCCGGCCACUGCUCCGCCUCCGUCGGCUCCAGGCUUUACAUCUGGAGCGGCCGCGACGGGUACCGCAAGAGCUGGAACUACCAGGUGUGCUGCAAAGACCUGUGGUACCUGGAGACAGAUCGACCCGGCACGCCUGAAGGAGUGAUGCUGAUCAAAUCCACGGUCAGCGUGCUUCAUGUGGCGUGGCGCCCCCUGGCUGCCGCAGACUGCUACAUCCUACAGAUCCAGCCGGUGGUCAGGCCUCCGGCCACCACAGCGGCUGAGCCGACUGGAACAGAUGGGCAGAUCGGGAAGGAUAAACCUGCUGAAGGCACCCAGUCCCUUCAGGAUCAAAGUGAGCUCACAACGGGUCCAGAACAGAAAGCAUCUGUCCAGGACGCAUCGGUUGAACCAGACGAAACCAAAGCAGGGGAGGAGAGUUCUGGGAGAGGGAUGGAGGAGUCCGAAAAUUGCGCUGGACUGGCGGUGGAAGAUGGCGGCUCAUCACAGCUGACAGACAAACAAACAGCUUCAGCCUGCAAAACGGGGGAUCUGAGCUCCGAUCAGGUUAAGGAGAACCAAGAUGGCUCCACGUGGUUUGAUGUUGGCGUGUUUAAGACGCUCUACUGUGAGGUCAGCCACUACUUCCUGCCUGCUGAGGACGAGCAGGCCUUUCACCAGAGGAAGCUUCCGGGGCCUCAGGACUACCAGGGCAGGGAGAAGCAGGAACUGAGUCCAGGUCAGAUGUACAGGUUCAGAGUCGCAGGGAUCAACUGCUUCGCUCAGGGAGACUUCAGCCCCGCCAGCGAGUUUAAGACGUGCCAGCCUGGCUUUCCUGGAGCGCCCGCCGCCGUCAAGAUCUCCAAGGUCAAUGAUUCGGUCCAGAUCACCUGGGAGCCCCCCUCGUCUCCGUCGGGUCGGAUCCUGGAGUACUCCAUGUACCUGGCGGUGAGGAAGAGCCGCUCCAGCUCAGAGCGGCCGGGACAGAUGGCCUUCAUCAGAAUAUACCGCGGUACCAAGACGUCUUGUUUGGUUGGCUCCUCCCACCUGGAGAACGCUCACAUCGACAGCUCUUCGUCCUGUCGGCCUGCCGUCGUCUUCCGCAUUGCUGCGAAGAACGAACAGGGCUACGGGCCGGCGACGCAGAUCCGCUGGAUCCAAGAUCCCAUCACACUGCGAGCCUCUGCAUCCAAAACAGACUGCAGUGCGGAGGCUGACCCGGAUGCAGCUGACAGCUCCAGCUGAGAACGUUCUGGAAGAGCCACAUGAAAAAGCUUCACUCAGGAAGUUGAACGGAGCAUUUCCUAAACAUCUCUCCUAAUUUAUUAUUAUUUUUUUCUGGUUAAGUUGUAAAUAGAUUCACCAACAGAUUUUACUUCCAGCUGUUUUAUUAAGUAAUCUAGAAUAUGAAGAAAUUGUCAGUUGUCUUAUUUUUUGUUAUAAACAUUUAACAAUCAAUCAAAAAAAUAUUUAUAUGACUGAAGUUUCCCAAAAGUUGGAGAAUAUUUUACCCUAAACCCAGUUUUAGAGUUUUUCUAUGAAAUCUAGAGAGAACAGAGUUCGUGUUUUGAUUCAUAACAGUUUUAGUGUCAUAACCAUUUUUUUGUGUUUUUCUGUUUUCUCAUGUAAAAACUGAACGUCUGACUUAGACAUCAGCUCUGGUGGACUAUUUAACAUUUUUUAUGUGAAGCAGCCUUUUAUCUUUAAACUUAACACAGAUUUUACUCCAGAAAACUUUUAAUACGGGCUUUUGUGUAAAAAGGCACAUUGUAGGGGGUCAGACUAUUUUAUUUUAUUUUUAUUUUUUUUAUUGUAUACAAAUUGAUUAAACAAACAAACCAAUUUUAAUUUGGGGCCCAAAAUCUACUUGAAACUAUUUAUGAAAAAAGGUAUGGAAGUAAUAGUAAAUUUAAUUCCCUACCUCACCCGUUACUUUUGGUGGUUUUGAUCAUUGUGCAGCACUUCCACACAGCUAUGCUUAAUCCAGGAAGUAGGGGAUCAUUGUAACUGGCUCAGUUCGUAGCGGUAAUAAAAAAAGCUAACUGGAGCAUCUUAAUUACUGUUCUUCAUUAAAGUUUAUACUAAAUAUUUGUUUUCUUUUUAUUUAAACCUAUUGAAAAAAGUCAAAUUUACAAUAAAUGAAAUUCCAAAUUGGAAGUUAGAAGUGAAGCUCCCCCUACUGGCCUGGAGGAUCCAAACAGCUCUUUGUUUUGUCUCAAUCUAUCUGCGUUAUUUGAAUAAAGGGGUGGGCUAGAUGUUUUGCAAAAAAGCAAAGCUGUCAGAUUAUCAUUGGUGACAGUUUAUUUGAAAUAACCUCAAACUAACUUGUAUUUUUUUUUUAUUUUUUUUUUUAUUUAGUCAUAAGGUGCUUCCUGUUAGGAUUCCUUA